AUGACCUUAGUCUCGAAUGAUCCCAGUUUGUGGCCUUUCAUUGCUUUGUCUCGUUCUUACAGCUAUAUUGAAGUUGCUGCCCUUGUUGCGGUUUUAUAUGAUUGGGCGCUGAUGUUUGGACAAGAGGUUGAACUGGUCUGGAGGAAACGCUGGUCCCUCGUGACUAUUAUCUAUUUCAGUGUGCGAUAUGCUGCAAUGCCAUAUGUUGUCUUCGGGAUACUGUGCCAUAUUGCGUACUUGGCAAUAAACUGGAUGUUUGUAGUCGUAAAUUCCAUGGCGGGUGUUAUGAUGAUCGUUCGGCUAUAUGCCAUGUAUCAGCGAUCGAGAAAGAUUCUUGUAUUUCUCAUUAUAAUCUUGCUGGCUAUCUCCAUCACUUGCGGAGUGUUUGUCGAGAGAGAGACUAGCCAAACUUCUGGGGAGGAGCUAAUACUUUCCGGCACCUAUAACUGCGGUUAUACAAUCACUGGGGAAGAUACUCAGAUUCCAUAUACCAUGGUACUGGCACUGUACCCUGCAUGGCAGAUCUUUGUACUGUUUCUUACAGUCUGGAUUGUUGUCAAACACUUCCGUGAACUGCGACGAUCUUCGACAGGAUGGAUCAUCGGAGGCUGGCUUGCGGUGUUGGUGCAACCUCAUGUAAUCUAUGCUGCUGUUUCUUGCUUGGUCCUCGGCUCUUUAUCUCCAAAGAUCUCAUCCUCAACUUCCGAGGGCGCCCUGUUUUAUGAUUAUCUUGUGGAAAUUGCUACUAUCUUGCAGAUGUUUGUGUUGGGUCCACGCCUAGUUCUUGGCGUUCGAGAAUAUCACGCCAAACUGGUGGCCGAUUCCGAUGCAGGAACAAACACUACAAUUGCUCUCCAACAGCGUGUACAUUUGUCAGCUGGCGGCAGUGUGUAGCGGUGGAAAUGCUCCAGAUGAAUAAGAUUACUCUGCAGAGCUGAGAGAAUCCGAGAAUGUGUUCGGUAAUUUCGUCGUACUGAUAGUAAGAGAAAGAGAACUAUAGCGUAAAUCAAUGUAGCACUGUACCAUUAUGAAUACUGCCCACCACGAUAUAUAGCAUUUGCGCCAAAUGGCAAGCUGAGAUCUUGCGAUCUAUAUCAUUAUUUGUCUGUGUUAGCUUCGGAAGCUUCAGA